GAGGCGGAACUGCUCAGUGUAGCAGUGAAUGUGUUCAGCUCAGCUCUAAGUUACCUAGUACAGUAUCUGACACAGACAUGCACUAUCAACGUUAGCUGCGGUGUAUUUGUUUAGGUGGACCAGGCAGUGUAGACGUAGUAUAGCUGUGUUCCGUCACAGUAGUUUAAAUAUAUAUAGAAGAAAUGGUAAGUGACUGCUUCUCUUCCGCUUAAAAAGGGGGCAGGAGCUAAGUGCUAAGCUAAAGCUAGCAAGGUGUAUGAUUUCAGGAAGUGUCUACCUGCGCUACCUUCACCUGGCUUCUGUCAGCAUAGCCUGCAAGCUAACAGGCCGUAUAACAGCAUAAGAUGCGUUUCAUGCUGCUUUUCAGCCGUCAGGGGAAGCUGCGGCUGCAGAAGUGGUAUACAGCCACAUCUGAGCGUGACAAGAAGAAGAUGGUCAGGGAGCUGAUGCAGAUAGUGCUCGCACGCAAACCAAAAAUGUGCAGCUUCCUCGAAUGGAGGGACCUCAAGAUUGUCUAUAAAAGGUAUGCCAGCCUGUAUUUCUGUUGUGCAAUUGAAGAGCAGGACAAUGAACUGAUCACACUGGAAGUCAUCCACCGCUUCGUAGAGCUUCUGGAUAAGUACUUUGGCAGUGUGUGUGAGCUGGACAUCAUCUUUAACUUUGAGAAGGCCUACUUCAUUCUAGAUGAGUUCCUGAUGGGAGGAGAAAUACAGGAUACGUCUAAGAAGAGUGUCCUCAAAGCUAUUGAACAGGCGGACCUACUGCAGGAGGAGGACGAGUCACCGAGGAGUGUGUUGGAGGAGAUGGGUUUGGCGUAGUACACAGCAGAGUUGUGAGAGACUACAGAUACUAAGGCAGAGGGCUGGAGGAGAGGGGCGGGGAACAAUCUGGGAUUGAACAUGCUUGGACUGACAUCGUUUGGCUCUGUGUAUCUUUGGCUCUGGGGUCUGAUGUACAGUUUAACUUGGGAAGAGACUUGGUUAACAAUGGAAGAUCCUUGCAUUGACAGGCCCUUUAGCUCUGUGUGUGUGUGUGUGUGUGUGUGUGUGUGUGUGUGUGUGUGUGUGUGUGUGUGUGUGUGUGUGUGUGUGUGUGUGUGUGUGUGUGUGUGUUUGUGUUUGUGUGUGUGAGAGAUCUGAGCGUGGGGUCGAGGAAAUGGCAUACAUUUAAACUUGUGGGUGGCAGCAACAGGGGCGGGGCGGGAGGGGGGCGAUGUAUGUGUUCAGUUUUUUUUAAGGGCUGAGAUGGAGUCCAGUUUUGCUUAUCAGAGAUUUAGAAAUAAUAAUCCACAGUGGAUACUGACGUUCGAGUCGCAGUGAGGCAGCUUGGCAGGCUGAUGCUUUGAUGCAAACACUCACACCGUGCAGUUUGUCAGGUACUGAAUGUGGACUAACACGAGGUCAGGGGUUUGGGUAAAAUAAGAUAGAUGAGCAUCACUUAAAAGAUAAGUCUGAUGUUCGCGUUAUAUUUUUUGUGUUUUCAGCAAUUCUCAUGAAAAGACCAAACCUAACCAUUGUGUUAGUCCAUCUCUCAAUAUGUUCUGAUUUCUCUACGCUGUGUGACACUCGGCUCCAAGCCCAUUGGCUCCUACUAACGACAUAUGUUUGAAAACGGCUCAUAAUAUAGUUUGUUGUUAGCUAGCGAACGAUACCCAAACAAUAGAUUUGUAUGUAUUUAUUUCUAACAUUUUACAAAUAAGUAAAAAGACAAAACUAAAAAAUUACAAAUAAAAUAAACACUAAACAUAAAACAAACUUUUAAUAUACACAUUCUCAUAAACAUUAUCAAUUAAUAAUGUAAAUAGAUAUUACAUGUCUGAAAAGGAGUAGUAAGGAGUAUAUCCUACCAUUUGUCCAUAACUAAUAAUAAUCAGGAGGAAAUAGUACAUUUAUUGGGAACUAUUUUCAGCGGCGGAUUUAUCCACAUUUGAAGGAACAUGUCACUCAGUGCAACAGUGUUGCUUAUUAAUGUGUUUUUAAUAGUUUAUUUUUAAAUGGAGCUCGAUGGUGCAGCACAAUAAUAUAUAUCCGGCUUAAGAUGCGCACACUUGUUAGCUGGAUACAUUCAUUGUUGGGUUCGGUCUGCACAUGAGAUUUGGUGAGUAUCAGAAAAAAUUAAUACCACCAGACCUUUUUAAAAAUAAAUGUCUGUGUUUAUGCAAUUAUUUUAUAUGAUUCCAAUCAUUUAAACUACACUUAAUGUUUUAAAAAGUUCUAUAGCAUUUUUUGCAUAAAGGCAAAGUUGUUUCGUUUGGAGUUCAUUCCUGUAUCGGUGAUUGUCCCGUUUUACCUAACACGACAGGCCCGGGGUGAUGAACUGCGCUGUGGAUUGUGAAUAACGAACCAAAGACAUUUGAGACUUGCACCACAGCCUAAAAUAACUCGUUUACAUAUGAGCCGUGCGUAUGUAAGUGGACUGAUGUACCAGGCGAGAGGGAAAUGUCAAGUCUGUCUUAUGCAAUUUAACAAAGUGCAACUGAGAAUCACAUCUCACUGAGUUCUUCCUCCAGACAGCAGGAAAUAAAAAGAAAACUCACUCAGAUGAAAAAAGUUCUGCGUUGUUUGAACUUGACAUUGGUACUAACCGGUACUACGUGUUAGGACUGGAUUUAAAUGUCAAGGCAAUUUAGAAUAAACUGAAUUUUAGACGAGUAAAUCCGACGGUCCCAAACGUGCUGUUACAAUGUUUUAUCAUGUUUGACCGUGUGGUGGUUACCGAUGUCGGUAAUCUGUUUGAAAUGCCAUCGCGUCGCAAGAUGAGCAUCCGCUGCUCGAGUCAUAGAAGUGAGUAAAGGAAGAGAGCGAGAUCUCCUGUAAAUGCCCUUCCUGUAACGCAGUGCGUCGUUCUAGUUGGUUAAACUGUCAUUUAAGUUAAGCAAAGUGCAUUUCUCGAACAGUAGUAUACCUGCAACCAGUUGUGAACCCAUUCUUUAGGGGUGUAACAGUUCACCGUUGUGAUGGUGGGUUAACCUCGUUAAGAAAGCUCGAUCAACCUACAGUCUAAAUAUGGUUUCCUUGAUUUAGUUCAGAUCGGCUUGUUAUCAGACAAAUCAUUUAUUGUCAUUGAGCACAUGCACAAACAUCUUGUGUUUAUGCAUGCAGGGUUGGGCGUUUGAUAGAAAUGUAUCUCAUUGCAUCAGAAUCUUUUCGUAUCCAAAGUUAAACAUAAGCAAAAGUAUAUUCUACUAUCUUUGUAAACCACAUUUUCUGUUCUCCUCUUUAUCCCAUACUGGAAGUUCUGAUCCAACACUAUUAAACUGUUGAUCUGAUACAGAUGAAUUAUCUGUUGCCGUGAAUGUUUAUCAUUUUAACUAGCGAGACUAAAUAUUCCAAAAUGUGCAAAGCAGUCAGAUCCCAACUCUACUCCCACCGAUAAUACAGAGUGUAUAUGUGAACUGUUACACCACCGGUAUUUAGUUAGUGUGUGUACUAACUUUAUGCAUGACCGAGUGUGUUGGCUAUAUAAACUUUGCAAUCAGAUGAAGGCGUUGUACAAAAUAUCCUAGUAGAUUCAGGAAAAUAAAUAAUUGAAAAUGAUCCAUGUUCAAUCAAAUUUCAGCAAAUGUUCGCUUAAAAAAAUAUAUAUAUCUAAUAUGAGUCUGACUAGGUGACAAUGCAGUUUUCUAUAAACUCCCAAUUGGUUUGUUGUCUUGACGUCACUAUUUAUACAAUGUAGGGUAUCAAUGUCAAUGUCAAUUUCACAAAGAAACGUUCAUCUGAAAUAGGGCCGGGUGAUAUGUUAACUUAGGUAAAAUGUAUGAUUUAUUAUCAGAUAGUUUUUGAAAAAUAAUUGCUUUUAAGCUUCAUCACAAUAUUAAUUCUACAUACCGUUUCAGUGGCUGCCGCUUGCUAGGGUUUUGUUACAUUUUCCAAUCCCAUGUACAGAGGAAAAUCUUCCUUUUUAUUGCCUCAAAAUGUAUGCAUGUUUUUCAUUAUACAGGGAUAUCAUUUCUAUAAUGUCCUCUCAGGAGUUCUGGACAAACCACCCUCUAAUAAGAAAUUAAUUUUCUUUGUUUUGUGCUCUCGUGUGAACUCCUGUGACCUGCUGACCUGCUUUUCUGUACAGAAAGAGAACUUUUAAGUAAAUAUUGGACUGCAACACUAUGUUCUCUAAGAAGAACUACAUCUAUGACCUAUGUGCAGGUGUACCUCCUGGAAAAACUGAGAAAAGGUCCGGCCGCAGGACAUUCAUCCUGAACGUGCAGCGCUAUUGUCUGUACACAGCAAGGACUAAUCCUUUGUUUUCCUCUGCUGAAUUCUGAAUGUUAGUCCGUGUUUUAAGAGUAAGGGCUCACUGUGUGAUCUGAUUGUUUUCUCUGUCGGCAUGUGGUGGAACAAAUGGAAAAGAAGAGCGCUGGGAAGAGGUACUAUGUGCUGAAAACUGCUGCAAAACAAAAAAAGAUUGUUCACUGAUUUAUGUACAGUACAUGGAGCAGCAUUUGGGGCAAAAAUAUUUGAGUUCUGAGAUAUUCUAAGAAACGUGAUAGAAAUGUUCAUUUUAAAGGGGACGUAUGUUACAUUUUCAGCUUUGUACUUGUAUUUUAGGUUACUACUAGAACAUGUUUACAUGCUUCAAUAUUCAAAAAACACAUUAUUUUUCUCAAGCUGUCUGAAUAUACCUGUAUUGCAAAAUUGCAAAGGUAGUUCUCUAGCUGUUUUUGGAGAUGCUCAGAUGAUAAUCAUUAUAAUGAGCCUGCGUGUGACACCCGAAUGGCAGACAAAUCUGAAUUGCUUGUUGAAUUCCAUGUUUUCUGAGUGAGGCAGCCCAAAAAGCUGACUGGGUUGUCUUAUUUCACAGUUUGUAGAUAGGUACACAUUUCAGAUACCCAAAUGUAUGUCAACAAGGACUGAAAAAAGUGAGUUUUUCCUAAUAUGUCCCCUUUAAGUCUCGCCCUUUCUUGUAUUUUGAAUCUCAGAAUUGAAAUAUAUCGUCUCCCUGUGGCCCUAAAGGGCUUAUUAUGCUUUAAACGAAAGUACUGUUUGUUGUCUGACCAUGUCUUUAAAGCAAGUCUGUUUUCUAUCCGCUCUGAAUGUCCACACUUGAUGGCUGCUGUCAUAGCUGCAUCCCACUGCCUCCACGAUCUCUCUCAUUUAGUUUCUCUUGUGUAUCUUAGUAGUCAUGAUGCAAUAACAGCUCACACUUUCAGACGGUUUCUCUUUGAAGGCUUUUAUGGUGUAACACUCUGUUGUGCACACGUGAAAUGACGGAGGUAACGUUCAAACCUCUGCACACCUGGCUAAUUGCUGCGUGAGGUGGCUGUGGUUACCAAAAUUGGACAUAGCCCCUUGAUGUUUGAGGCAUGAUUACCCUCCUCACAUAUAGUUUCAUCAUUAACCCUGACCUGCUGCUCCUAUCAUCCUUCAAAGAGACGUUCUUUGAAUAGUGUGUUGAGUAAGGUAUUGUUUCUCCAUUAGGUAAGAUUAUAUUUAAUGCCCAGUUUGAAAUUUGUCUUUGGUCAAUCAGUAUAUGCAAUGACUCAAUUUAUUUGGUGAUUUUUCUUGUUCAUAAAUUGAUUCACGUUCAAAGAGAAUGAAGCUUUUUGAUUUGAAAUCUCUUUUAAAGGUUGUUUGGUUCCUUGGAGGAGGAGAAGACUAGACGGUGUAUGUUUCAGAGAGCUGCCAGGGGCCCUGUUGUAGGAGAGCAGAAUCUCAGUGAAUCUGUAAUGCAGACAAAUGCUAAAGGGACUCAGUGUGUGAAUGUAAUUUUAUAAAGAAAUAAACCAUUUUAAGCUAAA